AUGAAUCUAAGUGGAAAGGUAGCUCUGGUUACCGGGGCCGCUCAAGGACUCGGUAAAGCAUUUUCAGAGUCGCUACUUUCUCAAGGUGCUAAGGUUUGUUUAGCUGAUGUCAAAGUUCAACAAGGAAAGACAACUGCUGCAGAAUUUCAGAAAACUUUCGGCAACGAUUCAGCUUUUUUUGAAAAAUGUGAUGUUUCUAUAGCUGACGAUGUAACAAAUGUAUUUAAAAAGGUAAAGAGUAAAUAUGGUCAGAUAGAUAUAUUAGUAAACAAUGCUGGUAUCGCCAACGAAACACACUGGAGGAAAAUGGUCGACAUUAAUUUGGUAAGUGUAAUUCAAGGGACACAACUGGGUAUAGAAUAUAUGAGUAAAGAAUAUGGUGGUAACGGUGGAGUUAUAAUAAAUGUUUCAUCAUCAGCAGGUCUAGUUCCAGUAUUUAUAACACCAGUAUAUUGCGCAGUGAAAUUUGGUGUUGUUGGUUUUACUAGAAGUGUUGCAGUAAACCCUAGAAAUAGAUCUACAAGUGGUAUCAGAUUCUGUUGUCUAUGUCCAGCCUUUACUGAUACGGAUAUUAUCAAGUUUAAAAAAGACUCUGGUAUUAAUAUGAAAUAUGCACCCAAGAUUCUGAAAUCUGUUGGAAUUAAUAAGUAA